AUGGCGACAAAAGCGGCAUACAAGCGACUUACUCGCGAAUACCAAAACAUCCAAAAGAACCCUCCGCCCUUUAUCAUUGCUCAUCCGUCUGAGACGAACAUUCUCGAAUGGCACUAUAUCCUGACCGGCCCUCCAGGCACCCCAUAUGAGAAUGGCCAAUACUGGGGAACGCUGAUGUUCCCUCCCGAGUAUCCCUUCGCACCUCCCGCCAUUCGCAUGCACACCCCCAGUGGGCGCUUUCAGCCCUCAACACGACUCUGUCUCUCAAUCAGCGACUUUCACCCCAAAUCGUUCAACCCGGCAUGGGAGGUUUCCACCAUUCUCAUCGGGCUGCUCUCUUUUAUGACGAGUGAAGAGAUGACGACAGGCAGUGUGAGCGCCUCUGAGAGUGAGCGUCGCGUCCUGGCCGCGCGAUCGCGUUGGUGGAACUCGACCGGUGGAGGAUCCCAGGCCAGCGCCACUCCCGGGGUGACCAAGACCACAAAAGGAAUCAACAAUGUCAAAGCAGGCGAUGGCGGUCUCAAAUUCCGCACCGAAUGGCCGGAGUUAGAUCAGGAGAAUGUGGCUUGGAUGAAAGAGCAUCGCAUUGACAUGGCCACUGGUCAGAUCCUGCCUGACCCGAAUGCACCCACCAAAUGCUCCCCAGAGACCAGCGCCCUACGUCGCCGUCCUACAGGCAGCGCUGCUGGGCUUGGUGCGGUGAUGGAAGGCGGGCAGGUCGCUCGGGAGGCCGGGCAAGGUUGGGCGCGUCGCAACCGAGUCUGGAUUGGGUUGGCAAUGCUGCUGGGUUACGCGCUGGUAUCGCGACUGGUCAAUGACGUGCAAGGAUGA